AUGCCACCUAAAGGUUGGAGAAAGAAUGCAGAUGGUAGUUAUCCACAACCACAACGUGAAAUACCUCAAGUUUCAAUAGAUGAAUUAUUGUUUCCAAGAUCAACAAUUCAAAAAUUAUCAAAACAAAUUGUAACUGAAGAUUCAUUAAUUUCAAAAGAUUCAUUAAUUGCAUUACAACGAGCAGCUACUGUAUUCGUAUCUCAUUUAUUAUUUCACUCAAAAGAUGUAGUUAAAGAACUGAAUCGUAAAACUAUAAAUUCUCAAGAUGUUUUAAAUGCUUUAGAACGUUCUGAAUUUGGUGGAUUUAUACCUUUAAUUAAAGAAAAAUUGGCAAAAUUUGAAGAAAUUCAAAGACAAAAGAAAUUAUUGAAACAACAAGCUGGUAUUCCAAGUACUGGAGAAAUUGAAGAUGAAUUAGAUGAAAAUAUAAAUGAAAUUGAAGAAAUUAAUGCAAAAAAAGCUCGAAUUCAAGAUGUUUAUAUGAUACCUAAUCAACAACAACAUGUACAAUUACCUCAACAACAUCCACUACAAUUCCAACAACAACAACAUCAAUCUCAACAACAACAACAACAAGCUCAGAUUAUCGAUGAUGGUGAUGAGAGUUUAAGUAGUGAUGAUGAUGAUGAUGAAAUACAACACCAUGAAGUACAUGUUAUUGAUGAUGAGGAUGAAAUAGAAGAUGAUGAUGAGGAUGAGGAUGAGGAUGAGGAUGAGGAAGAAGAGGAUCAUCAAAAUCCAAUUCAAUUGUUAUCUAAAGAUGAGAAAGAACUACAAGGUAGAGAAGAAACAGUUAGUGAUGUAGAAGAAGUAGAUGAUGAUGAAGAUGAUACCUUGUAA